GUCGAGAGAAGGAGCGGAGAAAUGUGACCGAGAUGGGGCAGUUGGUGAAGGGAGGAAGCGAAUAGGAGAGAGAAAGAAAGAAAAAAAAAACACGAAAAACUACAACACGAGAGAGAACAAAGAAAUCGCGAUCCUGGAGGACGAGCGGCAGCGGUGGCUGGGCUUUUGGGCUGCGGGGAGAAACUUGCGGUGCUGCCGGAGCAGCAGCGAGCAGACGGCUUUGUCUGAAAGCGCUUGCAAAAGCACCACCUAAUCCUGCUGCUCCCCUCCCAUGCUGAAGGGAAGGAGGGAGCCCGGGAGCCAGAACGCAGGGGGAGCUGCUGGGGAGCGCAGCGGCCGGGGCAGCGCCCGACAUCCCCGCCGAGCGCCCGGGGCCGCCGCUGGGUUUGGGCUCCCGCAGGUCGGGGGGCUCCGGGCCGCCCCUGCCCUCGCUGCUCCGCGCGGCCGGCGGUUGCCGGGCGUUGGAAACCGACCGCAAAGCUAGCAGAUUUCAAAGUGAAAUUCCGGAGGAAAUUUAAAGAGCAUCCGGAUCCGGAGAGAGACAGAGAAAGAAAGAGGAAGGGAGAAAUAAAUCACAACGUGGAGAGAAUCUAAGGCAGCUGAAGAAAGGACGGGAGAGAAAAGAAGCUGACGCCCAGGCAGAGAUGGGGAAAUGAAUCACUGUGGAGGCAAAACCAAAAAGGAGUCUCAAUCCAGCUAGGAGACCUGAGAAGGAAGCUGCUGGAGGAGAGACGUAUACUAACUCCACUGGCCUGUGGCCUGUCUUACACUUACUAACAAAUGUCAACAACUAGGGAGCAGCCAAUCUUCAGCACCAGAGCCCAUGUUUUCCAAAUUGACCCUGCUACCAAAAGAAACUGGAUCCCCGCCAGCAAACACGCCUUGACUGUCUCCUAUUUUUACGAUGCCACGCGCAACGUGUACCGGAUCAUCAGUGUGGGGGGCACCAAGGCAAUCAUCAACAGCACCAUCACCCCCAACAUGACCUUCACAAAGACAUCCCAGAAAUUUGGACAGUGGGCAGACAGCCGAGCCAACACAGUGUAUGGACUGGGUUUUGCUUCAGAGCAGCACCUCUCCCAGUUCGCAGAGAAGUUCCAGGAGGUGAAAGAAGCAGCACGUUUGGCAAGGGAGAAGUCCCAGGAUAAAACAGAACUGACCAAUCCUGCCCUGAGUAUCACAUCUCACCAGGUACUUCCCAGCCCCAUCAUCAGCUCAAAUGGACCAGGAGAAGAUAAACUAUUCAGGAGCCAAAGUGCUGAUGUUGAGAUAAGCACAGAGAAGGAGCGUCUGAAGAAGAUGCUUUCAGAAGGCUCCGUGAGUGAGGUCCAGUGGGAAGCUGAAUUCUUUAGCCUUCAGGACAACAACAGCAAACUUGUGGCUGCUCUCCAUGAAGCCAAUGCCAAUGUGGACCAGUGGAAGAAGCAGCUGGCUGCGUAUCAAGAGGAGACGGAAACACUGCGGCAGCGGGUAGCAGAACUGGAGUCACAGGGGGCUCAUGACUCCUCCAGUGAGAACAACAAGGAAGAGCUGAGCCAAACCCUGGAAGAACUGGAACUGCUGAUCAAGGCUAAAGAUGAGGAGAUUCAGAUGCUGAAAAGCCAAAAAUGCGGCCGAUGGGAAGCAGAGGGCGAGCGUGAGGAGACACUACAGAAGCUCCAGGAGCUGGAGGCACGCAAUGCAGAGCUGGAGCGCCGCCUUCACCUGGCCGAGCAGACACUGGCGGAGACCCUGUCUGAGAGGGAGAAGAUCCAGAAUGAGGUCACCAAGGUGGCAGAGAUAAUGGACGUGAAGAUUUUUGAGCUCAGUGAGAUCCGGCAAGGACUAGCUAAGCUGGUGGAGAGCAACUGAGCAGCAGCAAGCUCAGAGGAGACACCUCCGGAGGAGGGGAGCCUGACCUGGGACUGGUUGCUGACAGCAAAUUUGAUCACAGAACAGCCUUGAGGUCUGUUUGGGCAGGAUAUGCCAACAUACCAGCAGCUGCCUGGACAGUGUGGUGACCAGCUGCAGCCACUUACUGCCCACUGAACAACGAGCUGGAGAGCAGAGAGGCCCUGAGCUCCUGUAUCCUCCACAGGAAGCAUCUACAAGUCACAGCCAGGCCUCUCUGGACCCUGUCGUGGCUGUGGCACAGUCCAGAGACAGCAGCUGUCCCUCUGCUGCCUUCCCAGCCUCCCUGCUGCCACAGUGUCUCCAUUUUUACAGUUUUCUAGGGGAAGGGGCUGAGCAGCCUUUGCAUUUUUUUCAGUAGUUUUUUAGGGAACCACUUGCCUUUUGCGAAAUAAGCUGCUUAUUUCCCAACUUAGGGAGGGAAAAGAAGUGUCAGCACUUUGAGGACAUCACUAGCUCCUUUUCCAGCCUAACUACAUGGUGUCUUCUAACAGGAUGCAACAACACCGGUUGCUGUCAGGAGCUUUCAGAGGUAGCAGAGUCCCCAGUGCAGAGCAGGGUACUUGUCUGUCCAAGUGCUGUUCAGUUCCAGCCUCCAGAUGAAAAAGAACUGCAGAAAAAGCUCUUAUUAGUUGAACGCAGUGGGAUUUAAUGAAUUCUUAAAACUUCUUUAAGCUGAGAGCAGAGGCCUGGUUGGGAAAGGAGCAUCUGAGAAAUGGGACGUGCCCGAGGGGAUGGCCAACCAACUGCUAGAUUGGCAUCUCUCCUGGCCUCUGAGGGCUGUAGUUAAUUGAAAUUAAAUGGAGCAAAUCACAGUUGCUCUUGUUUGGGUUUUUUUUUUCCUCUCUUUUAUAUAGGGAAACAGUCCACAGAGAUGUCCUGCUCUCUGUCAGAUGAGCAGUGUUCCUUUUGAAGGGUACAGGUCCCAGCUUGCCAUGCUUAUCCAGAUUCAAUGAGAACAGGAGGCAUUUGGAGCAUGCUGGGACCAGUGCCCUGCAGGGCCUGUGGGAAGUCUGUGGGUUACUGUAGAUGUUGUGUAGUUGUAAGAAUCGAGCAAGGCCUGAGGGAGACACUGCAGAAACCUGGAAAGUCGUGUCUCCCUCAUGGUGUCCUGUGAGUCCCCAUAGUUUCUUAGGAGCAUGCAUAGCCCUGUGCUGAAUGACAAAGCAGUGUCUGUGUAGAAGUAGAUAGUAACCUUACAGGAGUGCUGAUUUGGACUUUGUGUUGUUUUUUGCCCUCUUUGCUGCUAUAGAUCAGGCAAAGACAGCAGUAAUCCUGGGAAUGUUUCCCAGGUCUGCAGAAACUGUAAUUACUUAGCAAGCACCGGCUGCCAUGUAAUGCCUUCUCUGCAUCCAGACAAUCCUGGGCAGACCAGCAUCAAGGCAGCGCAGUUCCUCAGGGCCUCCCUCUCCUUUCACUCACCUGGUGACCAAGAGAGGAACCCACAUCUUCUGCCUGCAAGUUGGGACAGGACUAGGUCUGGCACCUUGGGAAUCUGCUGGAGUGGAGAAUUGCUGGUGACUCUGUGCUGGAUUGUGUCUAGGCAAAGCCCAUCCCUUGCACAGGGGUGAUGAGGAAACACUGAAAUUUCCAGACCUGUGUAGCCAGGGAGGGGCAUUUCUGUUUGGAGGUUUUCAGGUUAGUUUUCUUCUUGUUGUUGUUUUUCUCUCUCUCUCUCUUUUUUUUUUUUUUAAUUAUUAUUCUGUUGUUUUUGUUGCUAUUAGUUUCUAUUUUAUUUUGUUUUGCAUGAGGAGUUCUCACAGCUGUAUAGGGGUGGAGCUGUUGUAAUAGUAUUUGUUUCAGGGUGUUUAAGAAGGGAAGAAAGCAAGCAGGCUGGCAAAGCUUUCUGGGGACUUGUGUACACAACCCAUGCCAGUGUUCACAUUUUAUCCCAGCAGGAGCAGCCUUCUUUGAAAUAGAGAUCAGCUCCAAGAAAGGUGUGUUUCGUCUGCAUCUGUUACUGUAAUGCGGGGUGAUGGAGGUGGGGCUUGGAGUAUGAAAGAAAAAGUAAGCAAAAGUUUACAUUCUGGUUGUCUCUGCUCUCUCACACUUCUUUUCCAUGGCUGUGACUCACAAGGUAGAGCUGAAUACAGAUUCUUGCAUUUGGCUGGUGUCCAUUUCAUAGUUCUGCCUGUGCUCUGCAUCUGUGGCUCCGUUGUCCUGCUCAUUGAUCAGGGCUGACCUGGCCAGCGCCACACCUGGGUGAGUCAGCUCUGCUCAGGGAGGCUGCUCCCAAGAGCCAAGGGGGAGGACAGAGAGUCAAGCUGCUGCAUGACUGAGUAGGAGAGAGGCAGAUGCAGCUGCAGCACGGUGCUUCAGAGAGUACCUGCUGUCUGCUGCUUUCCCCCAGGACCUGCCUUGACCAGGGUCAGGCAGCAGUGCAGGGUGAGAACUGGCUCUUAGGUUAUUAAGUCUCUUCUAGUCCUAUACGUAUUUCAUGCCCUCAAGCUGAAGGCUGCCAUACUCAGUGCUGUCUGCCUCUUGAAACUUGGAGCUGCCCAGCUGCCAGCUCCAUGACAGGAUGCAGGACGUGCAUCCCUGCACACAGCAUACCUUGAGGCCAGCAGUACUCUGCAUGCAUUUGCUGUGCCCUGCUUUUUCUUGUAGUCACAUUCUCUGUGCUUCCUUGCACUUCCAUUGUCAAGAACCAGAAACAGAGGUCAUUUUACUUUAGACACUUCCCCAGGGUACUAGAUGCAAUUCUCUUCCUUGCCAGAAUAAUCUGAAUAGUGGCUUUUUUAUGAGAUCUGUCCUGUGCUCAGCAUUUGUUAAAAGUCUUUUACAGAGGCAUUGCAGGGCAGUGUGAUGGAUGGUUCUGGGAGGCACUUUCCUUUGCAGUCUUCCCUCUUCUAAACUAAUGAAAACCCAUUCAUCACCAUCUAUUUCCACAAAUGCCCUAAAUCUGCAGCUAGCGAUGAGGCAGGUCUACUGGAGAUAAAAUAGCAGCAAAGCACUAAUUCUAUCUGCCCCAUUCUAAUGAGUGUUUAAAAAGGAGUCCCAUAGUGUUCCAGAACAACAGCCCUCUAACGUGUCCCCACCGUGCCCUUUCCAGCCCUCAUUCGUUCCCCAUUUAUGCUUCUCUUGCUUCAAAAGAAGAGAAUCUUGUGUUACAAAAGCCAGUUUUGAAUGGCAAGACUGCAGUUUGUUUGCUUCUGUCUCACAGUAACAAUUACUGUCAGGAACUAAAUAACAGUUGCUUCCUUGCUGGAGGAAAAAUGCUACUGAUUGCAGGUACCUUGAGAGACCUAAUUCUUUUAGCAAAUGAGGUUCUUAAUUAUUUAUGGAAAACCUAGGCAGAACGUUAAUGAAGAGAACAUGGGGAAAAUGGUUCACAUGAGACGAAGAUGCAAACAAAAAAUGUUGCAGCCAUAUUGUCCUGGCACAAGGUUCUGAGGAGUACAGCAGUGAGUCUGAUCUGCUCUGAAUGUGGACCUGAGACAAGGCCUUUCUGGCCAGCUCUGCAAGAGGAAACGAAGCUUUGCUAUGACAGGACGUGCCAAUAAUAGAGCCUCAGAAAAAGGAUGUCUAAUGCAAACUCCAUCUGACAGAUGCAGACCUCCCAGGCUGAAUGGGAAUGCAAGUUCAGUGCAGGGCAAGAGCAGGCCUGGCAGUCAGGAUGCCAGACCACCACCAGCUCUCUCUGCAACCUCCCUUGUCUUUCCAGGCUUUCAUUCCUGCUCCAUAAAGUAAUCAACCUUCCCACAGGGCUGUUGGACCUCAAUUACUGGCAUCUACAAGGUGCCUGAAAAGCCAAGGGAAGGAAAGGCCAGCGCAGGGUGGGCUGAUUAAUACCUUAAGUCUGGGAGUGAUUAUGAAGGAGGUAAGAUCUUUCCAAAAUAAUGCCAUACAGCCCCCUUGAUGAUGUGUGAUGUGGCUUUAGGUAAUCUCAUAGCAAAGCUCUUAACAUACUGACUUCCAUACCUGUAUUUUUCUAAGAGCACACUGAAGCAAAUUCUUGCUGGAGGGGAAGCAGCUGGGCACUUUGUCUUAAAUUGCCAAAGGAUCAGACAUGGGGGAGUUGGUGAUCAAAUAGCACCAAAAUAGGUGAGCUAACCCUUUUGAGCUCCCUGCAUCUGGGCUGGGAUACAGAAAUCAGAUGGUCUGUUACUUGGAGGGGAGGUUAUUUUUAGUUCAGAGAUUCUCUGUUUACACUUGACAGCACAGGCAAGCAUCCUCUGUGAGUGCAUCCCCCACUCCUUCCACAUGCAGGCACUGGAAGACAAUUUGUGUGCACCAGAGAAGGCACGGCAAUUAAAUGUGUGUUUUGGAAGAUGUCCAUGAGCACAUAAUAAAGCCCCAAACUCUAGUGA